GCGGAGCUGCUGAGCAGCCGGCCCAGCGGCGGCCCUCCGCGGGGGGCCUGCGCCGAGCAGGCCGCGGCCGCGACGCCCCGGCUGGCGCCAGAGACGGCCUCGGUCGGCAGCGCGGGCGCCAGGCAUGCAGCUAUUGCUGCCCAGCCCGGCGCCGAGCAGUUGACCGAGCUGAACACCGGCAUAAUCACGUGCAGCGAGGAGUGCGUCGCCGCCGACUCCGAGGGAGACCAGGCGUGGCAUGUCCUGUUCCGGCCUGGGGGCGAGGAGGACCUUCAGACGUUGCGGGACGUGUUCCAGGCCUGCGACGCCAACAGCGACGGCAGCAUCAACCUGCGGGAGCUCAUCAAGGCCUGCCGCCAGCGCCCGGAAGUCGCGACAUUCUUCGGCCUCCCGUCGGAGAUCCACCAGGAGGGCCCUUCACGGCCGGCGGUGAUGGAAUUCUUCCAGGGCGCCGACGCCGACAACGACCGCGAGAUCACCUGGGAGGAGCUCUGCCGCUUCUGGCGCGAGCGCAGGCCGGCAACCAGCAGCGCCUCGCCCGCACCGCUGAGCCCACCGCCGCAGGAAGCCGCCGAGGCUGCCCGGUUCGGCGAGCGUGCCUCCGACGAGCCCGCCUGGGGCGGCGGGGUGGGCGACGGGGCCGUGCUGACCGUGGCGCCCACGCCCCGAACGGAGAUCGCCGGCCUGCGGCAGCAGCUGGCCGCCGCGCGCGCCAGCGAGCAGCGGUUGCUGCAGGCGGCGGAGCAGUCCGAGGAGCUGCAGAGGGCGCAGGCGCAGCUGCAGGUCAUGGAUCUAAUCAGGGCGGCGAUGUAUUCCAUGGCCAAGCCUCAGCGGGCCAAUCAUCCGAGGGGGAUCAUUGGGCGCCUCUAUAGUCUCUGUGGUCCAAGCCCGCUGAUGCAGCGGGCUGCAGAUCAGCUGGGGGGGCUGGCGCCGGCGGAGCUCGGCGCGGCGAUAGGGCGGCUCGCGUCGAGUGGCUCAAACAGCUGCGCCUGCCACUUCGACUCGAGCCCUCUGGACGAGGGGCUGCUGGCCAUCCUGCGGGUGCAGCUGGAUCGUUGCGGGCCUGACCACUUGCAUUGCCCGCGCGCGCCUCAGUGCGGGCCGUCGGCCUGUGGCUUGCUGGUCGCCGCAGGGCUGGGGCUGCUGCUGGGCGCGGCCUGCACGCUGGGACUGCAGGCGGCUCUGGCUGGCCGCGCGAGGACGCCCGUGGCCGCCCCGGCUGCGGAGCAGCCCGUGGUCCUGGUCGACUACCCGGAGGAUCCGAAUCCCACAUGGCACCGCCGGCUGCUGCUGCACGAGCUCGGCCCUGGGCGCUGGGUGUGCGCCACGCCCGGCUUUUCGGUCCAGGUCCUGGACCUGACCGGCCACCGCGUGCUGCCUCUGGCGCGCUCGGCGCCGUGGCCUGCGCAGGUGCGCGGGGACGUGUGCUGUUUCGACCCGCUCACGCUCGACCGGCGGGAUGACCUCUUCCUGCGGGACGGGCAGCUGGCGCGGGUGAUCGCCGACGGGAGCAUGAUCGGCGACCGUGCUGUGGUGAGGGGCGAGAUCGGGCUCUACCACAUCGACGAAGCGGCUGGCGAGUGGGUCCCGACGACGAACCUCGCCACCGAUCCGAAGUUCGCCGACUGGCCGUUCGAGGGGCCCUCGGCCGCGCGGGAGCUCAUCACGGACGUGGCGGCGGCAGGGCUCGAGCUGCACCUCUACCCGACGUGGUGGGAGAGCAGGGGCGGGGUGAAGUCGCAGGGCAGCGUCGCGAGGGAGGUCAGGCUCGGUUUCGACUACUUGCGGAUAAUGCAGUCCUACGACCAGCUGAACCUGCAGGCCUUAGCGUCGGCGGAGCUGAGAUGCCGCCGCGUCAUCGUGCGCCAGCGUGCGGCGCGGAGGAACCCGAAGGCGCCGGACUUCACAGGGCUGGAGAAGGUCGCCCAGUCGAACUUCGACGAGUCGGGCGGGCUUCGGGUCACGGAGUUCGACAAGUACAUGGCGGAGCAGCAGAAGACGAGCGGGACGGUGCUCAAGAGCCCUAGACAGGACCUCGAGGAGCAGGGGAACGAGAAAAAGAGGAAGGCUGGCCGCAUCCUCGGCAGCGGCAAGCCCUCGGCCUCGCUGAACCGCGAAGUUUUGACGUCGCACUGCGACUCGUUCCCCUUGCCGCUGCGCGCGUUCGACGGCGUCGGAGGCGGUGGUGAUCGGGCGGUUUCCUUCCGCCUCCCGACUCGAGCUGGUGACUUGCCGUCGGCGGCUGCGCUGGCCGCGGACGCGGCCACGGCCCUGAACAGCAUGUCUGCCUCUCGCGUCGGUCGGCCGCUGCAGCUGCGGCGGCCGAGGCCCACCAAGCAAGUGGUCGCGUCGGCUCAGCAGUCGAUCUUGGACCGCGUCGCGGGGCGGGUAGACGACCAGCGUCCCCCCCCUCCAGAGGAAGACCUUUCGAACGCGCUCCCGGAGCCCUUGAAGUGCACUGACAUGCGCCCGACGAGCGACGCUACCAGCCGGGUCCCGAUCCAGCUGGAGCGGCUCAAGAUAUUGAAGAACGACACAGCCCCUAAGGAGGUAUUGGGCGUCGCUGGCGCUGACGCCCACCGACUUCGGGCUGAUCCUUGGCGGCGCAUUGAACGACGCCCCGAGCGAGCGGGGGCGGGCGGGCCCCCGCCGCGGCCCUGCGCCGACCCGCGACUGCGACAGAGCCGGAGGCUGCUGAAGGAGCUGGUCACGACGCUGUACCGCGGCAACCUCGCGGUGUUCAGGCUCAUCGUGGACGCCCGCGUUCCCAACCACUGGCACAGGCGGCCGCCGCACUCCUACCUGGCGACGCCUGGCGCCGCGUCCGCUCUGCAUCUCGGCGACGAGCCUUGGAACCAGGAGCUGCUCCUGCUGGAGUUGCGCGGCGCCGCGGUCGACCUCCAGGCGGGCAUCUCCGAGGUGUUCGACGUCGUCGACGGGAAGGGCAUCUGGGCGCCAGUCGCGGCGGAGGAUGCUGGAAUCUUCUACGAGCCCAUGGUCAACGUGCUGAGCGGGCGUGGCUACACCCUGUGGGACAACGUCGAGGGCGAUCCGAACCUGGACAUGGUGGGCUUCGAGCUCCAGGGCGCUAAGUUCUCCUGGCGACAGCGGCGGUGUCGAUUCUGGCGGCUGUGGCACGCGCUGUGGCAGCUGGAGUUACUGCCCGGCUGCGCAGGCGAGGUGACGCGCAUAGUACUGGGUCACCUGGUGAACUUUUUCACGCAGGCGCGGCCGCCCCUCAGUGGCCAUGCGAUCCACGCAGGGGUCUUCGGGAAGCACGAGCUGCACGACGUCUGCCAGCGGCGGGAACGCUGGCGCUUCGCCGACGCCAGGGAGGAGGAGGGGCCGGGUCUCGCUGGCGCCCAGUCUGGGCUGGCCGCCGACUUCCGCGAGCUAGGCGCCGACCCAGAGGUGGAGGACAGCGGCUGGCUUGGCGCGAACGCUGGCGAUCGCCCUGCCCGGCGCGCGGCCCGGGCGAGCAACCUGGUGCCCGUCGAGGCGAUGAAGGCGGUCGAGGCGGGGCCCCCGCGCCCCCGGGUGACUGGCAUCGCCCCCGCGCUGCCUGACAGCAUGGCGGCGCCGGGGCGCUGGCAGGGGCCGCUGGUGGGCGCCCGGCAGAGGCGCGAGGCGAUCCACGUGGAGGAGGCGAGGAUCGCGCUGACAGGGCUGUAUCAUGCUGCGCGGGACUCCGCGAGUCAUGGUGGCGUGGUCUUGUCUCUCGGCGACAAUCUCUCGGGGGUCUUGGCGACAGAACGGGGCCGGGCACACGGCCCCGCCCUGAGCGUGAUCUGUCGGCGGGCCGCCGCGGUCGAGCCGGGGGCCGAGGUGAAGUGGGCGCGGCGCUACGUCGAGACGGCUCGCAACCCCACUGACUCGGACUCGCGGCUGGCGGAGCGAGGGCUGCUGGCGCCGGGCGAGGCCUUGCGCGGCGGUCGUCUUGCCGCGCGCCUGGGUCGGCUCCGCGGCGCCGCUGGCGAGGCGGCCGCGGGCGCCGACUCGGCGGCCGCGUGCCCGGCCCCCAGGCCCCCCGGGGCAGGAGGCGGCCUUGGACGCGGCGGCGUGCUGGAGAUCUUCAGCGGGUGCUCAAGGCUCUCUGGCGCGCGCCGGGCGGCUGGACUGCGCAUCUUGCGCCGGGUGGGUUCGUCAGCGGGGCUGCAAUUCAAUGUCCUCGAUGUCGGUGCGCAGCAAAGAAUUAUACAGUGGGUUGUCUGGGGGCAUGUUGGUCACGCCCACCUCGCCCCUCCCUGUGCGCGCUGGAGCGUCGCGAACGACGCGGGGUCCAAGGACUCCGAGGGCUCUCGGGCAGGUCUUGGGUGUGUCGACUUCACGGUGAAGGUCCUCAAGGCGCGCCACAAGUCUGGGGCAUUCGUAUCGCUUGAAAAUCUUGCAUCCUCGAGGCUCCUGAAGUACCCGCCGUUCGCCAGUAUGUUCAACAAGAUGAGGUGUGAGUCCAUUGAGUACCACUGUUGCCGCUACGAGGCCCCCUACAAGAAGCCCACCGCCUUCGUCCCCAACCUCCCGGGGCUCAAGAGGGCCCUGGGUCGGAGCGCGCUUCGGCGGGAUGGCGAGCCGUUGCUCGACCCCCGCUGGGAGCGCGAACUGGCCGCGGCCGCGCGGGUCGCGCAGCCGGAGCCGCUCGCGGACCCUUCCUGCCCGCGGCGGUUUGCAAUUGGAUGGGGGCGCGCUGCCGGCCACCGGCUCUGUGGCGACAGCGCGGAGCGACGGCGCUUCGCCCUCCGCUCGCUGGGCUGGGCGGCUGGCGAGCCAGGCGAGCUUCUCGGGAAGAUAGUCGUCGCGCCCGGGCAGGAGAGCUACCUGAAGCAGAGGUCCGUGGGCCCGGCGACGCUGCGUGUCUACCAGCGCGAGUGCGACGACCUGACGGCGCGGUGGAAGGCGCAGCACCUGGCGGUCGAGACCCCCGAGGCGCGCGACAAGGCCCUCGAAGGCUACCUCGACAAGCUCUGCUUCGACGGGGAGCCCUCCUCUCGCGCCAGCAACGCCAUCCACGCGCUGAUGUUCCACAUCGACGAGGUCCGGGCCUAG